AUGCAGAAGAUAAACCCAGAGUUCCUCUAUGAUUAUGAUGUUGAUGCAGAUAACCGUGUAAGAAACAUCUUUUGGGCCAACGCCAGUUGCAAAGGAUCGUAUGAAGAUUUUGGAGACUGCGUUACAUUUGACACAACGUAUAAAACUAACAAAUUCCACAUGCCGCUGGGAGUCUUCGUGGGAGUGAACCAUCAUCUACAGAGCACCACAUUUGCUAUUGCACUCGUGCGAGAUGAAACAAUACCGUUGUUUGAGUGGGUUUUCAAAACAUUUCUCCGGUGUAAGAACAACAAGCUGCCAAUCUGCAUGCUCACAGACCAGUGUUCUUCGAUGAAGGCAGCAUUAAAAACUAUCCUCCCACAUACUCUGCAUAAGUUGUGUCGGUGGCAUAUCAUGAAGAAGUACAAAGACCACCUCGCCUUGCUGUAUAAGGCGCAUGAGAAACUCAAGGAUGACCUCAAUGCGGUGCUGAACCACCCACUAAUGCCGUCAGAAUUUGAACGACCAUGGAAGGACCUCAUUCAGAGAUACAACUUGCAAGACGACGAAGUGAUGAAUUCGCUGUGGGAUGACAGGCACGAGUGGAUCUCGGCUUACUACAAGGAAAUUUUCUGUGCUCGGAUGACUUCCACACAGAGAAGCGAGAGCAUGAACUGCAUACUGAAGAAAAACUUUGUCAAAGAGAAGCAUGAUCUCCAUCUGUUUGCUCAGCAGGUGGACAAGUGCAUUCAGACCCGGAAUGCCGUCGAGCACGCAGAGAUAGUAGCAAAUGAGUCAGAGGUAAAGACAACAACCCAGUUUGGGUUCGAAGUUCAGCUAUCAAAAGUGUAUACAAGGGCAGUGUUUGCAGAUUUCAAAGAAACACUCUACCGUAGCACUGCAUUCAGAGCAGAACGGUGCCCUGAGAACCCGACAAAGUAUCUCGUACACCACUACAACAGAUCGGAUGCAUUUGACUGGGCAAUGCAUAAUUUCCAAGUGGUCGCCGAUGAACAGAAAGGUGUCCACGAAUUACAUGCUCAAAAUGAAGCACAAGAGAAGCACUUUCGCGCAGUGCACAACCCAGAAUUAGUGCACCUGAUGCAGUCCUUAAAUUACGGCUAA